AUGAAAGUUUUGCCGGAGCCAUGGAAAAGUUUGCCAUCUUUGGCCAUGCCAGAUGGAGCUCAUAAUUACGAUAAUGAUUCUGUGUACUUUCAUUUACCCAGUUUAGAUAAUUCGACAGAUACAAUUUUUGGAAUAUCUUGCUUCAAACAAAUUCCUAUUGAAAAAGUCAAAAAGAAAACAUCAGACAUGACUAGAGGUGCUGUGCAAAAAGCUGUUUGUGUUUUAAGUACUGUACCAUCUUAUGGAUAUUUACAGAUAAAAAUGGAUUUGGUGACAGAUGCAUUUUUCGAAGGUGAUUUUUCAGAAGUAUCAUUAUUAAAAGAUGCUUUUCAUCAUUUGAAUGGUUGCUUGCCACUUUCCUAUGUACAACAUUUACACGAUGGUUUAUCUGUUCGAGAUUUGAUUGUGAGAUUUCGUCACAGAGCUUUACUUCUAUUCAAACUAAUCCUAUUAGAAAGAAAAGUUAUUUUUUUUCAUUCUCCAGUUCAGCCUUUAUGUUCAUGUGUAUUAUCAUUGAUCUCUUUGUUUCCCGGAGUGAUACAAAAAGGCCUUUAUGAUUCUACUUGCGGAUAUCAAACAAAAAAUGUUGUUAAUUGUGUAAAAAAUAAUAUAGAAGAAACAGAUGAGAAAAGACUUAAAAAUUUAGAAGAUGACCAAAGCGAAUUAAAUGAUAAAAAAUCACCAAUAGUAGUAGAAGAUGUAAUAAAAAUUAGUAACAAUUCAAAUAUCGAUAAUAAAAUGGUUGAUUCACUCAACAAUUGUGAAAAUGGAAAUUUAUUAGUUGAAGACGCGAACGUAUUAGAUAAGAAUAUUAACGAUAAUAAUAGACUGAAAAAAAACAACCAUUCGGAGCCGGAUAACCAAAAUAAUAAAAAGGAAAUGGAUGAUGAAGUUCAUCAAACGAAUAAAAAUGAUUGUGGGGGUGUUGAUGAAGAAGAAGUUGAUAUUUUUUUCAUGGAUGAUUAUUUCACAGAUUUAAAAAUUUUAGAAAAUUCUCAACUCGAAAAAAAUCCAGAAUCUUUUACGGGAGAAACAACUCCAUUGAAUUGUGAUUUAGGUUUUAUAGAAAAUUUAAAUUUAGAUAAUUACGGUUUACCACUUGAAAUAUUCACGCAAGGAAAUUUAUGUCUUCCUUACGUGAGCAUAAGUUAUUUGGAUUUUUUAUCCGGUGAAAACGUACAAGGUUUUGUAGCUGGGGCUGCAAACGUUUUAUUCAAACAAAAAAGACAUUUGGCGGAUGUUUUAAUAGAAUUAGAAACGAACAAAAUAGAAACACACUGUCCGGAACUUCGAAGACAAUUAUUAUUAACAACGGAAGAUCUUAGAUUCGGUGAACAAUUAAUAAAAGGUUUAGAUUUAAAUACGACGGAAAAUGGGGAUGAAUGGUUUCGAUCGCAAUUCACGUUGUACCUCAUUUCAUUACUUCGGACAUCUUUGCUCCAAGAGGGGAGUAAAGAAAUAGAUCAUUUCAAUAAUCAUUUCGUUAACGCUUGGAAAAAUACGAAAAAUUACAAAAAGUGGAUUGAAAAAGAAUCAAACGAAAUAUCAGACAUAAAUCCAGGUCAUCCUUGUGCGGGUAAUCUUUCGGUAACGGAUAUGAGAUUAAGAUUGUCGCAAGUCAUGUCGAGUUCGGAAAGUGGAAGAAGAUUAAAUCAAGCCGUGACGACUACAGGGAAAGCUGUCGGUGGAGCAAUCAUUCAAGCAAAAGGAGCUUUUACUCAUUGGUGGAGCAGUUUGACAGCACCCGAAUCAAAACCAGUCAAACCCGUUGAAAACAUUUAA